AUGGAAACAAAAUUUACUGAGAAAGCAGGACUUACUGAAGAAGAUGUGGAUGAUUUCUUGUCGAAGAAUCCAGAAUUCGUUAGAUCAUGGCUCUCUAGGCGAGGACUGGGUGACUUGGGGGAAGAUUUAUACAAUCAAAAAUUAAAGGAAGAAGCAGUAGAUUCCUUUAUAGGUUUUGUACAAAACAUUUUCAUUCAUAAGAAACUUUCCCGAAGAUACCAAGCCGAAUCUCUUACUACAAAUGAAAAGUACAAAGAAAUAUUGAAAGUUCUUAAUUCCGAGAUUCAUAUACACUUUGUCUGUCAUAAAGUUCUUCAGAAUUUAUGUAUCUUACUUCACAGUGAAAGAGCAAAUCUUUUUAUGGUUCGAGGAGUUGGAAAAGUUCAAUAUCUAAUGUCGACCCUGUUUGAUAUUACACCUGACUCUACUCUUGAACAAUCACUUCAUACUGAAGAAAACGCACUACGCAUUCCCUUCGGAAAAGGUAUUUCAGGAUUUGUAGCUCAAAAUAGAUGUCUAUUAAAUAUUAAGGAUGUGUAUCAGGAUCCUCGUUUCUUAAGUGAAGUCGACGAAAAAAUUGGACAUCGUACCAAAAGCAUUCUAUGCAUGCCAAUUCUAGACAAUGAUGAUAGUUUGUUAGCUGUCGCUCAAAUAAUAAAUAAAAGAGAUAAUCUCUAUUUUGAUGCUGAAGACCAAAUGAUCUGCGAGAGUUUUUUGUCCUUUUGUGCCAUUAGUAUAAGAAGCAAUACUUUCUUGCGAAGAUCAUUUGAGGAAUUCACACAACACAAGUUAUUACUAAGACUGAAUCGAUGUAUACUAAAAUAUCAAAAUUCUCUACCGAAACUAAUGUCCGAAAUUACCAAACUCGCCAUGGAAAUGUUACAGUGUGAGAGUAUCAGCAUUUAUUUGAUUGAUCCGAAAAAGGAUAACCUUUGCCCAACUGAUUCUUCCAAAGUUUUUCACUUAUUGAAAGGAGCUUCAGAUAUCUCAGAACAAAUUAUAACACCUAAAGUAAAGAAAGCAAUUGAACAAAAUAUUAACAGCGGAAAUACUUUCGAUUUAUUUCUUUCGGGGAACCUUACUGAGUCUGACAGCGUAAAUCUCGAAUAUAAGAUUGAGAGUCAGUUGCUUUGUUUAGCUAUUAGAGAUGCCGGUAAGAAUUUUCUUGGUUGGAUCGUAUACAUCAAAGAUUCAAGGGAUAUUUUUAGUCAAAAUGAUAUCAGCAUGAUGGAAAUAUUUGCAAUGUUCUGCGGUUUAGCUAUCUAUAAUUGCCGUCUUUAUGAAACUGCAUCAAAUAUGCUGGAACAGCUAGAAUUUACAAACAAAGUACUUAGCUACUAUAUUACUUGUUAUCCAGAAAUUGUAGAUAAUUUUUUAAGUAUGGAGGUACUAUCUUCAGGUUUUUACCAAAUUUAUCGAUUCGAUUUCAAUGACUUCAUAUAUUCAGAGGAUGACACUGUUUUGUUGGUCGUUCGCAUAUUUUUAGAUGCCAAAACAUUGCCCGUUCUCAACAUAUCUAAAGAAUUAUUAUAUAGGUGGAUACUAACUGUUAAAAAGAACUAUCGACCUGUCAUCUAUCAUAAUUGGCGUCAUGCUAUCAAUGUUACUCAAAUGAUGUUUUGUAUGUUGACUACUGGCAAAUUGCAAAAUUAUUUCACAGAAUUUGAGCAGAUUUGCCUAUUGGUGGCUGCUUUGUGUCAUGAUCUUGAUCAUAGAGGAUAUAAUAAUGCAUUUCAAGUGAAGACGGCAUCUCCUCUUGCUACUCUUUACAGUACCUCUGUGUUGGAAAAUCAUCAUAUAGAUCGAAGUAUCAGGAUAUUAAAAACUGAAGAUACAAAUAUUUUUAAAAACGUUCCAGCUGAAAAAUAUCAGAAGGGUCUCAAAUUAAUCGAGAAAGCAAUCAUUGCUACGGAUCUCGUAGUAUAUUUUGAGAAAAAAAAUAUUUUCAAACGCAAAAUAGAAGUCGAAGACCAAACGUUGUCAUCUCAAGAAACCAUUGAUUUACUUAUUAGCAUGAUGAUGACUGCGUGUGACCUUUCAGCUAUUACUAAGCCAUGGGAGGUUCAAAGAAAGACUGCUAUUAUGGUCGCAGCCGAAUUCUUCGAACAAGGUGACAUAGAAACCAAAUGUAAAUAUUUUGUGUUGCCUAUGAUGGAUCGCAGUAAAAGAUACGAAUUGCCCAAAAUGCAAGUUGGUUUUAUUGAUUUUGUGUGUACAUUACUUUACAAACUUCUUCAUCAGGUGCAUGAGGAAUUAAAACCUCUUUACGAUGGGAUGCUCGAAAACAGAGCUCAUUGGUCUCAUAUUGCAAAUGGUGAGGAAGAAUUUGAUGUUGAUAGAGAGUUCCAAUUAGUUUUACAUAACAUUUCGCUGGAUAGUGCUAUGACAGUCGGAGAUAUAGGAGACACGGGUGUUUCGACCCAAACUCUUUUCACAUUUAAUCAAGAGCAAAAGGUUACUCAGACUGAUAUUUCAAUCCCAAUAGAUAUAUGUCAACAAAAAACUACCAAACCAUCUUUGAACAAUGUUGAGACAAAAACAGCGGAUAGUCAAACUGAACCUCGACUUCUGAAAGUGUCUUCGGCAAUAACUCAAACAGAAAGGCCUUCUUUGAGAGAAUCAGAGCACUUACCGAUUACAAUGCCACACGAACAACCAGUGAUAUCUUUAGAAACACUAGAAGAAUCUAACAUUGGACAAGAUAAGUUAUCUUUACGGAGAAAAGCUUACAGUAAUCAUGCACAACCAACUCAGCCUUUGCCUCCAAUCAACCGGCAAAGACGAACUAGUUGGAUCGAUGAAGUUGCUGAGAACAAACGUAGCGAAUUAUCACAAAGCCGACGAGGAAGUCAGGCUCUGAAUGCCUUACCUGAUGAAACCACCCAACCAUUCAAAAGAAUAAGUCGUGUUUUUCAACCACCAGUACGGCAAAAACUAUCAUCUUCAGAACCCGAAUAUAACAAAAGCAUCAAAAGCAUGACAUCAGACGAAACCAUCUCGGAAAUUAGUUCUCAAUAUACUGUAAGGGGAAGUUUUUCAAAAGCAUCGUUUGACAGAAAAACACAGGAAAACACAGAAUCUGACAGAAACACACAGGAAAACCCAGAAUCUGACAGAAAAACACAGAAAAACACAGAAUCUGACAGAAAAACACAGGGAAACACAGAAUCUGACAGAAAAACACAGGGAAACAGAGAAUCUUACAGAAAAACACAGGAAAACACAGAAUCUGACAGAAAAACACAGGGAAACACAGAAUCUUACAGAAUCCCAGAGAAUCUCUCAGAAAAACCUAAGAGCACGGAAGGAAAUGAAAACACUGAAGGUUUUAAACCGCAAGCAGACUUGAAGUUAAAAAAUCCAAAUUUGAACAACGAUAAUCGACAACGGAAAUGCGCGAAAAUCACUGCGAAACCAAACCCUCCUCAAAGACUAACCGUUUUAAAAAGCAAAAUGUGCAUGAUAUUCUAG